UACAGCAGAUAAUCUCAUAAAUACUUUAUUUUUAAAUAAAGCAUUAAUGCUCAGAGACCUCAAAUCUCCCUUAAUAAUAAAAAAGCUAGACACCUUUUUUUUUUUUUUUAAAGACAGAAAAAAUCCAAGUGCAGACAAAAGCAAAGCAAGAAACAGCGCAGUCGAUUGGGGAAGACGAAGAAGAAGAAGAUGAUGUCCCGGAGACCCGUGUCGAGUCCGGGUCGGGUCGAGAAGUAUCCCCCGCCGUUGAUGCGGUUCUUGAGGAGCAGUGGCAGCAGCAGAAGCCGGAGCAGAGGAAGGACGCGCUCGAGCCCUCUGUUCGUGCGGCGGAGCAAGAGCUCCUCCGCCGUCGCCGCCGAAGCAACCCUGGAACCGUCGUCUCCGAAAGUCACUUGCAUGGGUCAAGUCCGAGUCAGGCGAUCCAAGCCGCAGACCCGACCCGUAUCUCAUGAAAACCCGACCCUUCGGUGCAAAUGGAUCCCAGACACCUUACUCCGCCGUCCUUUCGCGGGAAAACUCAACACCUGGUCGUUAGACCGCAAUUGGCCGAAGUGGGUAUCGUUCUCGUUUCCUACUUUCCGGCGAAAAUCGAAACGGAAGGACAAAUAUCCGGGAAACGGACCGGAUUCUUGGGUCGACCCGGAUUCGGUUCGAGAAAACGGGCGAGAAUCGCAAGAGGGAGAAGAAGAAUGGGGAAAUUACAAAAACCCUAGAAGAAUUUUCGUAUCUCCGGCUUCGACGCCGCCGGGAAAUGCACUGUUGCUGACCAGAAGCAGAUCUGCUCCGUACAGAUCGUCGUCGCUGGCUUUCAGAUUCUGGGAGUCUGAUAACCAACGCGAAGCACAUGAACCAAACAUCAGAGAAAAGGCAGAGGAAGAAGAUGAAGAUGGAGAGAAAUUUUUCAGACCGGAAGGGGAGUCCAUGUCGAGAAAUUCGGGUCAGGAUCCGAAACCCGACACGGGAAUCGCCGGAAAAAUCGAGGGUUCGGUCGAAGAACGUGAAAUGAAAUGUGUGAACAAGGAAGAAGAAUACUCAGAGGUCUCGGAGGUAGGAUUUGUACGGACGCCGGUGCUUGGUCGGAGCAAAUCGGCGCCGGCAAGAAUAGGAGAGAAAAUGGUGAGAGGAUGGCUUCUGAAUGAAGAAGAAGGUUCGGGUUAAGGGUUCACACACUGCAAUUAAUUUAAUCGAUUAGUCAAAAUUAAAAUUUUAUUAUUUUUUUA